CUGAACUGCUGACUUGUCUAUAAAAAUCCAGGCACUGCAUUCUCACUGGGUCCUUUGCACACUGUAGCUUCUUGUUUUUAAUUCUAGCAGAAGCUGAUGAUCAUGGGAUGUCUAGCAGAAAACUAUACGCAAAAUUGCUAGCCUGUGACAAGAUGUUUCAUUUGUUUGUUGCUGUUUUUUCAUCUCUCUGAUUUAGUGAUUGACAGACGAUCAUAUCGAAGUGGGCUUGCACUGUGCUGAGACCUGUGGAUGAGCUCAUGCAGAAAUCCAGUGAUAAAACCUGACUGGCAAGCAACUUGCAGUGAUACACUUGGAAGCAUUCCCUUUAUGAGUUUGAACUAAGGACCACUAAACAUGAAGCACUAAGCAGCUACUGAGCAGACAGUAAGAAAUGGGUGACUGGAGUUUCUUGGGGAACAUUUUAGAGCAGGUGAACGAGCAGUCCACUGUCAUCGGGAGAGUUUGGCUCACGGUGCUCUUCAUUUUCCGCAUCCUGAUCCUGGGAACAGCUGCCGAGCUUGUGUGGGGAGACGAACAGUCAGACUUUGUGUGCAACACCCAGCAACCUGGUUGCGAGAACGUCUGCUAUGAUGAGGCUUUCCCCAUCUCCCACAUCCGGCUCUGGGUCCUGCAGAUCAUUUUUGUGUCCACGCCUUCACUAAUGUACUUUGGGCAUGCAGUGCACCAUGUCCGCAUGGAGGAGAAGAGGAGAGAGAGGGAGGAAGCUGAGAGGCGUCAGCAAGCUGAGGUGGACGAAGAGAAGCUGCCCCUGGCUCCAAAUCAAAACAAAGGCAACAACCCUGACGGGGUCAAGAAGUUUCGCCUGGAGGGUACCCUCCUGAGAACCUACAUAUUCCACAUCAUUUUCAAAACCCUCUUUGAGGUGGGAUUCAUAGUAGGCCAGUACUUCCUGUACGGCUUCCGAAUUCUCCCCCUUUACCGCUGCGGGCGGUGGCCCUGUCCCAAUCUUGUGGAUUGUUUUGUCUCCAGGCCCACAGAGAAGACCAUCUUCAUUAUGUUCAUGCUGGUGGUGGCUUCUGUGUCCCUCUUCCUCAACCUGGUGGAGAUCACUUACUUGAUUGUGAAAAGGAUCCGGAGGGCUCUGAGAAGAUCAGUGGAGGAACAGCUUGGGGAGGUCCCCGAGAAGCCCCUCCCUGCCAUCACAGUCCCUUCCAUCCCCAAGGCCAAAGGCUACAAGCUGCUGGAAGAAGAGAAGCCAGUGCCCCACUAUUUCCCUCUCACAGAAGUAGGGGUUGAGCCCAGUCCCCUUCCAUCAGCCUUCAAUGAGUUUGAGGAGAAGAUUGGGAUGGGACCAUUGGAAGAUCUCUCCAGGGCGUUCGAUGAGAGGUUACCAUCGUAUGCACAAGCUAGGGAACCAGAAGAGGAGAAGGUAAGAGCAGAGGAGGAGGAGGAACUAGAAGAGGAGCAGCCAGGACCUCAAGAAGAGCCAGGGGUGAAGAAAGCAGUGGAGGAAGUGGUGAGCGAUGAAGUGGAAGGGCCUUCAGCACCUCCUGAACUGGCCACCGAUAUGAGACCCCUCAGCAGGCUAAGUAAAGCCAGCAGCCGGGCCAGGUCAGAUGAUUUGACUGUAUGAAGGUGCAGAAUAUAGGGAGCACAUGAAAAGGAAAAGGUUGAAGAGAAAAGGAGAGUUGGAGAAAGAAUCAAAAGCUAUUUUUAAGCAAAGUGCUAAAACGGUCAUUUGAAUAUUAUUUCCUCUUGAGAUUCUCAACUGGAAAGGUACUAUCAUGGUAGCUGUGCCUUAUUUGCCCUGUAUGUCUGUUUGAAAAGGAACAUUUUCCUUGUUUCCACACGCCAGCUCACUCUUUACAGUAAUAGCUACACUGUACACAUAACUGAUGUCUUUCAAAAUCUAACGUGGCAGUGAAACCCAAAUGUCACCACUGUGAAUGUAUUUACUGGAAGCUUUGUGUUCCACAUUUCUCUAGGAACAUGGGGAGGAUCUGUCUCUUCAGCCAGUGAUGGGGAAGACUGAUCAACAACUGCAUCUAGUAUUUCUUUUUCUAUUUCCACCCAUGGCAUGCUGAGCAGAACUCCCCUUUGCUGUUGGCAUGGAAUUGCAGUUAUUUAAUUCACAAAGUGAAUUCUGUGCUCAGCAUCACCACACUAAGAUAGUAAGCACUAUUUUCCCUCUAUAUUCAGAAAAUAAAGGCCAAAAUGUCCCCAAUUUCUCUGUGAAUGCAAAUCUGAGUUAGGUGAAAAUAUUUUCCCUUUGUCAAAAAUAUUUCUGCUCUUCAAGUGACAUCAACAGUGGACAAAGUUAACAAUAGCUCUGUACUAGGAUCUAGCAGAUGCUCACAGAUGGAUUAUUUGUUCCCAAGAGGGUCAUCCAGCCCCGAGCCUAUUUCAGAGAACUGGAAAGAGUAAAUUCAAGUGAUAUUUUUUACUUCUAGGCUUGUGACUUAAAGAUCUGAAACUUGAUUUAGCAAAGCAAGCGUGAGAAGGCUUCCGUGAAAGGGGUGAACAGAUACAGCCCACAAAUACAUGCCUUCAGGGCAUGAUCCUGACAUGUGCUCAGUCCCUGGAGCUCCCAGUCUUACAGGCACUCAGCAAAUCUCAGGUACAGAGUCCUGAAAACACCUGUGAACCUAAACCAGGGGUCUGGGUAACUGCGACUAUUUAAACCUCAAAAUACAAAACUGGUUGUUCAAGUUUGAAGUCUGAUAUGACAAUAGUCUUUAGGCAACCUUCACAGUAUCACAGUAUCACAGUAUGUUUGGGAUUGGAAGGGACCUCAAAAGAUCAUCUAGUCCAAUCCCCCUGCCAGAGCAGGAACGCCUAGGUGAUGUCGCACAGGAACAUGUCCAGGCGGGUUUUGAAUGUCUCCAGAGAAGGAGACUCCACAACCUCCCUGGGCAGCCUGUUCCAGUGCUCUGGCACCCUCACUGAGAAGAAGUUUUUUCUCAAAUUUAAGCGGAACCUCUUGUGUUCCAGUUUGAUCCCAUUACCCCUUGUCCUAUCAUUGUUUGCCACCGAGAAGAGCCUGGCUCCAUCCUCAUGGCACUCACCCUUUAUAUAUUUAUAAACAUUAAUGAGGUCCCCCCUUAGUCUCCUCUUCUCCAAACUAAAGAGACCCAGCUCCCUCAGCCUUUCUUCAUAACGGAGGUGCUCCACUCCCUUAAUCAACCUUUGUUUAUAAUUUGACAGAUGGAAGCCAUCCAGUGGUCUACUUUUCUGUUAAAUGCCAAAGUCCCAAGUGAAAUGAGGCCUUUCAAAAGAUGAAUUAUACCUUCUGUGCCAACAGGUCUGUACAAAACUCUCAGAGCCUCAGCGAAAUCUUUUUUGUUACAAAAGGCAGAAGAGCAUGUGCUUGCAAAUGUUUAAAUGUCUAAUUUUAGGACUACAGCAGCACCUUUAGGCAGGGACAGUGCAGCAAUGCGUUCAAAAGCUUCAGAUUAACAGCUAUGCCCCCCUAAAACUGAGCCUCAUUCUAGAAAAGUGCAGGUAUGUGCUCCCAUCUGCUCUGCUCUGCAAACCUCGGACCCUGCCAGCUCAGCAAAUUCCUUCUGCCAGGCUGCAGCCCAUCCUAUUGUUCCCAGGGCAGGCUCUAAUCCCAGUCAGGGAAAAAAAGGUCUUUGGCAUAAUGCAUAAAACUCAUCCUGCCAUUAGCUAGAAAAGACCCCCUGUGCUCUCCCAUUGUAGCAGGGCUGACUCCAAGCCCAUUGAUGUCAAACUGGGUUGCUGAAUGAGCUCUGGGUAGGCUUGGGCUCACACCUCCAGUCCUGUUGCCCCAUGUCCCAGCCCAAGCAGCCACCAGUACAGUCACUCGCUGGUCUAGCCUGCUCGGUGGAGUUCCACUGCCUCAUUAUGGUGCUGCCCUGUGCAAACACAAAGGUGGCUGGACUUUGCUGCUGAGUGAAGUAAGCUGUACAUAUGUAGAAAGUUUCCAGGGUGCAUUGGGAUUCUUCAGCACCAUAGUGGUGCCACUUUUUUUUUUACACUAUUAAUCUUUUUGCUCCUCUUGGGCCUGUGUAUUUUCCUAAGGUUUGCAGCCUGAGGUCAAAGUCUUUGCUCCCUGGACAAAAGCUGUUAGCUUGUCCUUCCUUGUGAAGGAAGACUGACAGUUACCUCCUCAGUUUUGGGAAGGAAUAUGACAAAGCAACAUACGCGAAGGGACAUGCAGAGAGAGAAUCUGGAGGCAACCAUUUAUCUACUCUCUUCAUACAGAAACACAAGAACAGUUAACACAAAUGAAAGACAUCUGAGGAAAGAGAAUGUUUUUCUGCAGGAAAAGAGUCCACUGUGCCCAAUUAAAAAUACAUGAAUUCAAGCAAGGGCAAAGAUUUAGACAUACAGCAAAAUAACUACAUUUGCGCUAGAUGGGGUCUAUUACUUUUUAUUUCCUUCACAGAAAGAUGUAAGAGAGUUUUAAUGGUUCUAAGCAUAAAUCAGCCCACUUGUCGAAAGGGGUUGUAAACACACUCGCCUGUAGCUAAAAACUAAAACCCUGUAAUGGUUCAGUAUGAAGUAUCUUCUACCUUCUUCAGAGCAUCUGACCAUUCCAGAUACCAAUGUACUGGACUAGAAGAAUCACUCCAACCCCUGUUUACUUCUAGUUAUUUGACAAGUCCUUUUACCUACCAGGUAUUUUAAUGAACAUCCCUGUUCCUGACUGCUGACAUGCAUUUUUUCAUUAGAUCACUGGACUAAAAGACGAGCACUUAUUCAUCAGAGGCAUAUAGUUCACAAUGUGGCUGUCAGGUGGUCCAGUCUCUAAUCAUCAGAUGUUGAGUAUAUGUCAUUCUUUUUCACUGGAGUGCCUCAGUAAAAUGCACCGUAGACAGCGUACUCAAUGGACACUCUGUAGUUCUUCCCCAGCUGCCACAGGAAAGCUUAUUUUAUCCUCCAGGUCAUGACAGCACAAUGAAACAAUCCAGCGUCUUCCUCCUGCAUCCAGUCAACUGCUUGUUGAUUUUUUUUCAAGUACCCUGCCAGGCUGCUAACAAAUCUGUAGCCACCAAGUACGAGCCACAGCAUCAAGAGAGCACUUCUCAGCGAACUGGGCAGGGAACUUAACAGUCUGGUUUUCUGGCAUUCAGCGUCAUCUCUGCAAUGAAAUCACUAUGGGACUGUCAGCAAGUCAUUCUUCCUUCUUGUACGACUGAGAAUAAUUUCCUACCUCACAAAGAUGAUGUGAGGUUCGAUAUAUUGUGUUAAUAAUAGAAUGGGAGGUCCUUGGAUGGAAGGCCCUACAGAUGAGCAAAGGAUUAUUGCUAUAUCUGGAUGUGAUAGCAUAUAAAUGAGUUUCACUCCCUCUCAAUGACAGAAAUUUAAUAAUUUAUUCAAGAAAUUCCUAGUGAAGUUGCAUGACAGCCUCAGAGUUGUAGAUUCAGUGUAUGAUUCUCCUUGAAAAAUAAUUAAGCAAAACAUAGAUAUAUAUGUAAAGAACAGCAAAAAAUAUUUUCUUGGGAAGGGGGAAGUCACUGGACUUUUAGAGCCAUGCCUGGAUCAUUUAAAGGUGUGUGUUCCCCAUUGGCUCCCUGUGCAAAUAAAUUACUAAUGGAUCACAUGACUCUCUGCAAGGAGCAUAAGAUGCAAGUGUCAAAACCACCAAAGGAGGUGAAAGUAGAAGAGAAAGGUAGUGUCUUAGCUUACAAUAGCAUGUGGGAGUUGGUGUUCUCUAGUGUCUAGAGCAGUGGACCUAGGAUAAUAAUCUUAGAUUUAUUUCCAGCUCUGCUUCUGACUUGCUGUGAUAAUCACUUUACCUUUCAGUGCCUGUUUUCUCCACCUGUAAAAUGUGUGUAAGAAUUUUCACCUACCUCACAGGGAUGUUGUGAGGCUUCCUUAAUUCUGUUUGUAAAGUAAGUAGCAAUGAUCUGAUGAAAAGCACUGCUGAAAUGCA